AUGGGGCGCAACAAGAGGUCCAAGGCGACGGCACACGCCCAGCCUUGCAGCGACGAGGAGCAUGAGGAGGAGCACGACGCAGCCCCCACGACGACGUUGCCCGGACAUGGUGAGGACUGCGAGGAUGAAAACAGUGCAUCGGCUGCUGCUGAUGGCGCUCAAGUCGCACCUGGCCAACACAGCGGCCGCUGCUCGGAGCGCGGCAGUGAUGCCGACGAUGGCGCCCCCAAAGCGAAGAAGAAGGAGUACAGGGGCAACCGGCUCAAGAAAGUAGAGAUCCAGCGCAAGAAGAAGAAGGGCAAGGGUGCUAACGAGGACGACAAGGCAGAGGAGGCGGCGAGAGAGGGGGACGCCGACGAGGAGCCUCUCGUCGUGACGCGGCAGAGGGCGGUGGAGGUGCUCUACUGCCCCAUCUGCACCUUCCCGGCGGAGAUGUGCGAGUUCAGUGGGAUGGUGGAGAAGUGUCGGCCGUGGCUACUAGAGCACGCGGCGGACCUGGCUGACGCCGAGGAGCGCGGCCGCAAGCGACGGAUCUUGACAGAGAAGGACCGCCUCGAGGCGAUGGUUGAGGGGCGCGGGGUCAAGAAGGCGCUGGAGCGCGUUGUCGUGCUGGAGGUGGAGAAGCGCACUGGGCGACGCAUGAUCACCUCUGUCUUUGGCAUGGAUCUCUUCGGCUUCAACCUGAAGGAUGUGUCCAGGGACUGGCGCAAGCGCUUCUCCUGCGGCGCCGGUGUGCGUGCUGCAGAGGAGGGCAAGCACCAGGACUGCAUCGACAUUCAGGGCAACGUCGUGGAUCAGCUUGCGGACAUGCUCAUCACCAAGUACAAGAUUCCCAAGGAGUCGGUGUACCUGAUGGAGGGUAAGAAGAAGGUGCCUUACCCGUACUAG